CUUGAUAAUCUGAUUAGCAGUAGCAUUGGACUGUCUGUCUCUGUGUAGCCAUUACAGCUUCUACUGUGCACUUAUAGUAUUGAGGACAACAGGAAUUAGCUGCAGACCCAGACACAGACGUCACAAUUAAAGUGUUUGGAUUGUUAGUUCUCCCAUGACCAACGGUUUGAGCCGCCAUGCCUGUGUUUUACUCGCCUGUACCGGAGAACCUGCAGAUGGGCCUUGCUUACAUGGGAGGCUCCGUGUUCACCAACAACAGGACAGCGGACAGUGACUUCAGCAGGGAGCAGGAGGAUGCAUCUGUGGUCAACGAGUUGGUUUCUCACCUUCCCCUUCAAAUGCUCUUGUACUUCAACCUGUUUUACUUUCCUUGUUGGUGGUUUUCUGCUGUGUUCAUGUUGGAAGUGAAAUAUUACCAUCUUCCUGGAUACUACCAGGCUCUGCUCAUAACUGGGUUGGUUCUUGUCACAGUGAUUGAAGUGAUCAGACUCUACCUGGGCUACAUUGGCAACCUUAAAGAAAAGGUGCCAGCCCUGGCAGCCUUCUGGCUCCUGUCUUUCACGUUCCAGCUGCCCGUGCUGCUGUUCUUCAUCACAGAUGAAGGCGUUAUCAUCCUGCCUCUGGAGAGAGCCGUCCACUCCAUCUAUCUUAUUUUCCUGCUCGCCCAAAUCCUGGCUUCCUUCUUGGCGCUGAGGACGAUGACCCGAAAGCUCACCCUUCUCUUCCACCUGCGGCAGUUUGGCAAGGUGGAGAGCUUGCGGCAUGCAGAGAUGAGCCCCAUCUGUGGGCUUCCCUAUAACCGCAGUGUGCUUCCAGUUUCACCCACCCAUUAAAGACGGGCAACAGUCUAGUUUUCAUGACUCUGGUUUUAGUAAAACAUCCUCUGAGUUGUUUUUUUUUUUUUUACAAUGGUAGCGUACUUGCCCACGAAAUGAGUUUGAUAAAUGACAAUUUCAGACCUAGCAACUGACUUGUUUUUAUUGUAUCCCACAGAUUGUUAGGAUUAUUAUGAAUGGGUUGUUCUGCAGUAUUUUUAAGCCACUGUUGUAUACAAUAUGAUCCAUAAGAUGUAAAAUAACAGGUGGGCUUAAAUAGAUGGAAAACAUAGUUUCAGCACCAGUGAAAAUGACAAAGGCUGAUACGAUGUCAAACUGUCAAAACCUGACUUGGCUUUUAAGGUGAAAUGGGAAACAUGAUCAAACAACAAGGCUUUCAUCAGACAAAGUUUUUUUUUUCUUUAAUCUUGAUGAAUGACACAGGAUGAAAAUUUGCCAGAAUCUGAUUUUUUUUGCCAAGGCAGAUCUACUUUUUGUCUUGCUCCUUAGACAAGAGUUCAAAGCCACCUGCUCUGGCUUUUCUAAACAGAAGUGCUUUUUCUACAGUUGUGCCAUAUUUAUUGGCAGAUCUUUCAUUGUAGUAAUGUUUGAGUAACAGGAGCAUUUUUUCUUUGAACCCUAUGUUGAUCAUAGCAUCUUGAAAAUUGUAUUCAGUGAUUGGGGACAUCCUGUUUCCCCCUGUGGUCUUCAGAUUUUUUUUACUAAUUUGAAAUCUACUGAAAUUAAAUGUUAAUUUUUCAAAACAUGACAAAUUAACCUGAUUUGUUUUGUAACUGAGUAACUGUAGUCAAGUUCAAACUUAGCAAUGAAAAAUGUUUUUUUUCUUUUCUUUUUUUUUUUUCUAAAUUAAAACAUGUAUUUAUGUUUGACACUUUUCACACAUAUUCAACAGAACUGCAAUAAAUGUGACCUUGACUGUUUUAGAAAUUCAUUUUUUGUCCUAGAGUGGGGAAAUUUUGGUGACACCUACAUCUUAACCUUAAAUUUUGAUACACGAGAUGCAUGCAUAAAAUUCAUUGUAGCUGGUGUGGGAAAUGAUGGAAGCUGUGUUAAAUAUUUACGACCACAGAGUGGCAGUCAGAGAUCAAAAGAGGAUGGUGACGUCUCUGACAGUGCUGCAAAGUCCAGUGAGGACGGAUUAUCAUGCAGCACAGGUUCGGAUCAGGAAAGCCUCUGGCAGAGCAAGAAAGGUUAGCCCUGUCUACAGCUGAACAUAAUGUAUUAUUAGAUGAUUAAUAACUCCAGGUUGAGCAUACACGGAAAUCAAUUGAAUAUCUUGUCAUCACGGCCAAUUUUAUCCUCUCAUUUGAAGACAGAAGGUUGCAUGUGUUUCGCUGGUUUUACAAUAAGCUGGUCCAGCAGCAACUGGUGCCUCAGUAUUUUAAUUCAGGGCAGAAAUAAAGUAGAGAGUGGUGCACUAAUAUUCAACAUGUCGGUUAUUUGAGAUGCACAGUUUUUGUGAAAUAACAUGCUUUUUUCUAUGCUACUUCACAUUCAGGGAACAACAAGCUGCAGUGGUUGUUGGACCAUUUGCAGGUUGAAAUUGAGAUGAAAAAGAGUGAAAACAAAGCUGAAACCGUAUACUUUAUUCAUAAGUGCUUUACUCUAAAUGGUUUAGUCACAUAAAGAAAUGAGCUGGAAAAUCUUGUUUUCUUUAUGUUCCAAUUUUAUAAGUAGUGAAAUCUGAAAAGGUUCAAACAUGUUUAUUUCCCGUUUAAGAAGAAACCAAUUUAAAUACCCAAAAGCUAUAUCCUGGUGUCAGUAUCUAAUUUGAAUUUCAUUUGUGUGACCUUUAGAAAGUAAGAGACCAAUUCUGGUAAUGGGCCAUCUAGCUGAACUGUGUGCAGGGAGAUAAAGAAAUCAAGCAACUAUGUGAAUAUUGGGAACAUAAUAUAACUGACUAUGUUUAUUUUUGUUGUUGUUGUUGUUGAUUAUGAUGAUUUUGUAAUGCACAGGUUAAUUUUGUGCUUCAGUGAUGCAAUUGAUACAGUGGUACAGUGAUGCAAUUCUGGUUACUUUCAAAAAUACAGAAAUAUUUAAUGUUUGUAUUAAUUUCUAUAGAGUCAUAGACAUGCAAUGUCAGCUUAAAAUGUCCAUAAAUGUUGUUCAAACAGGGAAGUUUUAAAACUCUUUAAGGAACAACAUAUCUCAUAGAAAGGUCUUCACUGUCUCUCUUUCCAGAAAAUGUGGAAUUAUUUUUGUUUUAUAAAUCAUUUUUGCAUGUCAGGAAAUGUUUUCAUAUUUUUUGCCAUAUGUAGUUGUCAUUAAAACAACUACAUAUGAUUUUC